CCAAAUAGUAAAUAAUAAAUUAAUAAGUCACAUAAGAGUGAUAAAUUUAUUUACAAUAAAAAAUUUCUUAUAAAUAAAAUGAAUCCGAGAAGAAAUAUUUUGAUAGGAGAUCCUCAGGCGAGGAUUAAGCAGGCUGUUGACAGUGCAGCAGCAGUUGAAGUUAAAUUUGCUGUGGAACCUAUGAGAUAUUAUCGCUCGGGAAUUGAAAUGAUUAGACAAGCUACUAUUUAUCGAGUUGAAGGUGAUAUAGAAGCUGCUUUCCAUUUAUAUUUAAAAUUUUUAACAAUAUUUAUAGAAAAAAUAGACAAGCACCCGCAGUAUAACACAAUCAACAAGGGCCCGGUAAAAACAGAAAUAAAAGAACUCCUCCGUGAAACUCUGCCAAUCGUAGAAAGUCUAAAGCAACAGUUGCUUGAAAAAUAUAAUUCAGAUGCGAAAAAAUAUCAUGAAGAAAAAGAACGACUGGAAACUGUUGCUGAGAAACCUGUUGAGGAAAAAAUAAGUGUUCAAAUACCAGACGACUCAGAAAAAGACAAAAAGGGUCUUAGAGACAUUAUUGUCCCUACGAAAAUCAUCAAAGAAUUUUUGACUCUAGCUUACGUUAAUACUGCCAGCAAUAAAGAGACUUGUGGAAUUUUAGCUGGAAGAUUGCAGCUAAAUAGACUUACUAUUACUCAUUUGCUAAUUCCAAAGCAAAGUGGCUCCUCUGAUUCCUGUUCUACCCAAAGUGAGGAAAAAAUCUUUGAGUAUCAGGACCAACAUGACCUUAUUACUCUCGGGUGGAUACAUACUCAUCCGACUCAAACAGCAUUUUUGUCCAGUGUAGAUCUUCACACGCAUUGCGCCUAUCAAUUUAUGAUGUCUGAAGCGAUUGCAAUUGUUUGCGCGCCUAAAUGUGAAGAGACUGGAUAUUUUACUCUGACCGAGCACGGAUUAAAUUUCAUAUCGCGGUGUCGCGAGUCUGGAUUUCAUCCUCAUCCUAACGAAAAAUCUCUUUAUACGCACGCACAGCAUUGUAAAUUUGAAUCAACGGCUGACGUUAAAGUCAUUGAUCUACGCGCUAAAUAAUCAAUUAAUUAUAUUAAUAUUAAUAUAAGUAGAAAUCCAAAGCUUUAACAUUUUUAUUUUCAUUCCACGGUAGAUUAUUAUUAUUAUUAAUUAUUAUAUAUAUAUUUAUGCAUAUAUGUGGGACUAUUGCGAAUCAAAUGCGAGAGUAAUUU